AUGCGAAGGGAAGGGGAUGGGGGGAAGCAGGGAAGGGGAUGGGGGGAAGCAGGGAAGGGGAUGGGGGGAAGCAGGGAAGGGGAUGGGGGGAAGCAGGGAGCGGGAUGGGAGGAAGCAGGGAGCGGGAUGGGGGGAAGCAGGGAGCGGGAUGGGGGGAAGCAGGGAAGGGGAUGGGGGGAAGCAGGGAAGGGGAUGGGGAGAAGCAGGGAAGGGGAUGGGGGGAAGCAGGGAGCGGGAUGGGGGGAAGCAAGGAAGGGGAUGGGGAGAAGCCUGGCGGAGGGAGGGGGGAAGCAGGGUGAAGGGAGGGGGGAAGCUUGGCGGAGGGAGGGGGGAAGCAGGGCGAAGGGAGGGGGGAAGCAGGGCAGAGGGAGGGGGGAAGCAGGGCGGUGGGAGGGGGGAAGCAGGGAGGAGGGAGGGGGGAAGCGGGGAGGAAGGAGGGGGGAAGCAGGGAGGUGGGAGGGGAGAAGCAAGGAGGAGGGAGGGGGGAAGCAGGCGGAGGGAGGGGGGAAGCAGGGUGGAGGGAGGGGGGAAGCAGGGUGGAAGGAGGGUUUUAUAUAA